CUUACGCUCUGGAUGCUGCUCAAUAUAGAAAAGCAACCUGCCUGUUCGCCAAGGUAACGUUUCAAAGCAGAAGAAAUGCCUCGAAAUAGUGCAUCCGACAUGCAAGAUGGAAUGUGUAUUGCCAGCGAAAUGACCAAAUGUGCGGACGCCGAUGCUUCUCCGCGCUCCGAUGGUUUCAUCUUCGGUCCAAAAUGCCACUUGCUUAACUGACAUACGAGGAUAGAGGCGUAAAUAGUCACUGAUAAAGGAAAAUCAAGCGAAUCUACAAAUAUGAACGGGACGCUGCUUAAAAAGCGAAGGCUGGACUGUGUGUAUGCGGUGCUGUUGUGGCUCCAUCACGCUGUGUGGCUGUGCUGUUCAGCGGCCGAAGACCAUCAUUUCAGCAUUGAGUCAUGGUUACAGAGAUAUGGCUACCUCCACAAGACACAGCCUAACAUGGCUGUCCUGCGAUCAGCCCAAACCAUGCAUUCUGCUAUUGCUGCCAUGCAGCACAAGUAUGGACUAAACAUCACAGGGAGUCUAGACAAGGAGACAAUAGACUGGAUGAAGAAACCCAGAUGUGGGGUACCAGACCUGCUUGGUGGCAUAUCUGGAUCCCACAGGAAGAAGCGCUAUGCACUAACUGGACAGAAGUGGCAACGCACACACAUCACAUACAGCAUUAAAAAUGUCACUCCUAAAGUGGGAGCACGAGAAACACAUGAGGCCAUUCGCCGGGCGUUUGACGUAUGGCAAGGUGUCACGCCGCUACGCUUCGAGGCCGUGCCCUACAGCGCUCUGGAGAGUGGCAAACGUGACGUCGACAUCACCAUCAUCUUUGCCUCUGGUUUCCAUGGUGACAGCUCUCCUUUUGAUGGAGAAGGAGGCUUCCUGGCACAUGCUUAUUUCCCAGGGCCGGGCAUAGGGGGCGACACGCACUUUGACUCAGAUGAACCCUGGACACUGGGCAACCCAAACCAUGAUGGUGAGAGAACGGCAGGUAAUGACCUGUUCCUUGUGGCGGUCCAUGAGCUUGGUCAUGCUUUGGGACUGGAGCAUUCUAAUGACCCUACGGCUAUAAUGGCUCCAUUCUAUCAGUAUAUGGACACCGAGAGCUUCAAACUGCCUCAUGAUGAUCUACAGGGCAUCCAGAAAAUAUAUGGUCCUCCAGACAAAAAUCCUCAGCCUACAAGAUUGCUUACGACCGCUACGCCUCCUCGCCUGCACCUACCAACUGACCCUCGAAAGCAUGACCGACAGGGUCGCCCUCAUCGCCCUCCGCAGAAGUCAAAACCAGCCCACCCCAACUCCAAACCCAACAUCUGUGACGGAGGUUUCAACACUUUGGCAAUCCUACGACAGGAGCUGUUCGUCUUCAAGGAUCAGUGGUUCUGGAGGGUGCGAGAUAACUCUGUGGUGCCUGGAUAUCCGAUGCAAAUUAGCUUCUUCUGGAGAGGUCUGCCUCCCAAGAUCGAUGCUGUCUACGAAAACAGUGAGGGGAAGUUUGUCUUCUUCAAAGGCAACCGGUUCUGGGUGUUUAAGGAUACAACUCUACAGCCCACAUAUCCUCAGGACAUUUCUCUUUUUGGCAAUGGGAUGCCCACACAGAGCAUUGAAACAGCUGUUUGGUGGGAAGACGUGGCCAAAACCUAUUUCUUCAAAGGGGACAGAUACUGGAGGUACAAUGAGGAUAUGAGAACCAUGGACCCUGGAUAUCCAAAACCUAUUACUGUGUGGAAAGGCAUCCCAGACUCUCCACAGGGAGCCUUUGUGGACAAAGAAAGUGGAUUCACAUACUUCUACAAGGGGAAGGAGUAUUGGAAGUUCAACAACCAGAGGCUAAGAGUGGAGACAGGCUACCCCAGAUCUAUCCUGCGUGAUUUUAUGGGCUGCGACGGCUUACCUGCCGACCCCGACUGGGACUGGAGCCCUCCAGAGGAAGAAGAACCGCCACAAUAUGACAAUGAUGACGUUGAUAUCGUACUCAAGCUGGAGAGCAGCGGUGGAGCAGAGAAAGCGGUGGCCAUCGCCAUCCCCUGCGUCCUGGCCCUGUGCAUGAUGGUGCUGCUUUACACCGUGUUCCGCUUCAAGAGGAAGGAUACGCAGCGCCACAUACUGUACUGCAAGCGAUCCAUGCAGGAGUGGGUCUGAGAAUUAAAGGUCCCACUUCUUCUGCUAAAACUAUUUUCAUCUUAAAAAUCCCUUCAAAUGUCAAAAAUUGGCUCAUCUUGAGGAUGCUGACUUUAUGUCGGUAUUUGUUGGCAGAAAUGAAGGACGACAUAAACGAACAGCAUGCCAACUUCCUGUUCCCAUUGUCAGCCUUCGUAGAUGGCAAUGUGUCGUUUUUGUUUGGUUUUGGAACUCUGUGUGGCUUUGGCGGCCAUUUUGGUUCCUAGAGUCCAAUGCGGGAAUAAACUGUUCCUCUACAAAUCAUAAUUAUUAACUUUUCAAUUGAUUUGAGAAUUAUUUAUCAUCGGACUGCUGAUCUAGAUACUCCAUAAAGGUUGAACUCACCUGUGUCACUUCAAAAUACUUGCUUGUAUUGAAAAAACUGAUACCCAAACCAAAUAUGCCCUUAGUGUCCAAAGAGGAUUGCUUCAUUCACAUGGAAUAUUCUGAGAUCCCUCUGGGAUUAUCGAUGACUGGCUUAUCGAUCAUUAUUUGAGUUCCAUUUGGCUGCAUUCAUCUGCAGAAUAUAUGGGAUCUAUCUACUUGGAAAUCAGAGGGACCUUGACAUAUAACAUCGGGGCUACAUGCAAUAUUUCGUCGAAUGCCUUAAUCACAUAUUGAGUUUAUUUUUCUGUGUGUUAGUGUACAUGUGUGAAUGUGACCCCUUUCCAUUAAUUCCUUUGCUUAUCACUGUUCUUUUGAUGCACUACUGACUGACAGAGACUUGCAGUAAGAUGUGAAGUGCCGCUAACUGUUUAAAUAUUUAAUUGAAAACAAGUGUAUGGCUGGCGUCCAUGUUCUGUGCUGCUGCGUUUUUAAAAAGACUCUAAAGCUGCAGUACAGAACAUUAGACUUUUGGUUAAGUGCUUCCAAUCAAUUCAUAGGGAAUUUAUUAAACGGAAGAAUGCCGUUUAGCAGAAAUACCUAAUGAACCUUCCUUGAGAAUCAGAUUAUCAACCAUAAAAAAUAACACGAAAAUGUUAAAGUUAUAUAUAAAAACACUUAUAUUAGCAAUGUUUUCAAUGCAAUAUGUAGGCUAGAUUUGCAUUUCCUGAACAAAAUACUUGUGCUUGCAAGGCAGCUAGUGAAUUGUGGUAAAGUUUUGGGUAAAUUUAGCAUUUGAGCUUUGGUUCGGUGAAUGAAGCUGCAUCAUCAGCACCACUCAUGUAUCUUCUGUUGACCGUGUUCGAGAACCAACCAAUAAUAUAAGAAAGUCUUUGAGGUGUAAAGCCAAUAUUGACACGAAAACUCCAUAUUCCAUUCAUUAUUGUGCAUGAACACAGUUGUUCGACACAUGCACACUAGUAAGUUUCAUCUUUAUUCAGUGUCUCUGCUACUUUACUUCACAAUUUACUACCAAAUUAUAUGUAAUAUCCAAUUAAUUUAACCUACACUGAAAUGCACACUUUGCUUUAACAUCACACAAUUUUGAGGCAUGUGAGUUUCUGAACAUGAAUGAGUAUCAAAUACUGCUCCGAAGUGCACAUGCUCUCAAGUGGCCAAGACCGCAAGUGUGGGCAUUGGAACAAUCUGUGCUGCUGAUAAAAUGUAUACUGUACGCAUACCCUAGAGUAUGAAUACAAUCAGAAGUAUACAAUAAGCUUAAAAAUAAUGUAUCCAUAUUUAAUUUGACACAAUUCAAAAAGAUGCAGUGAGGCAUAAAAAUACAAUCUGUUCAAUGGGUUGUACCUCACUGUCAAUCAUUCAGCUGUCAAAAUAUAGAAAAUAUAUUUUUUCCAAAAC